AUGGUCAUGGAAGCAGCAAUUACCUGGGUUGAUAAAAGAAGCAAACCAGUACAUUCAAAGCAAUUGGGAGCGCCUGUAAAACGUCAUCCAAUUAAUGCUGAUGGUAAUUGUUUAUUUCGAUCUUUAUCUUUAUCGAUCUUUAUAUUUAAUGUUUUAGUUAUGCCUACACGCCUACGCAUUGAUAAGGGUACUGAAACGGCGGAUAUGGCCACCAUGCACUCCUACCUUCUAUCAAAGCAUGAAAGUGAUGAAGAUUCAGCAGAUUGUGUCAUUUAUGGCCCAUCUACCGAAAACAAGAUAGAACGAUGGUGGAAAGAGUUACUAGAAAGACUGGAAACAUUUUUUAAAGACCAGUUAAGGAAGUUAUUAGAAGAUGGUGAUUAUGAACGAGAUAUUCCAAUACAUAGAAAUAUGCUGGCAUAUGUGUAUGUUCCAGUAGUUCAAAAAGAGUUAGACAUCUUUAGAAAAACAGUGUGGAAUUCUCACCGUGGAAGAAAGCAGCAAAAAAAACAACUUCCUUGUGGGGUUCCUGACCAUAUAUACUAUCACCCUGAGCAGUAUGGAGGUGAGCGAUGUGGCUACAUUGUCAGUGAAGAGCAUUUGGAAGAAGUUGCGAAGUUAUCUGGUGUUUUGGAAGACACAGAUGAUUUUCUGAAUGUACAAUUCCGAGCAAGUUGUGAAGAGCACAUCCCAAAUACUGAUGAAAUAAAGCCUGACCAAGCUGCAAAUGCAUACUUGUUCCUGAAGUCACCUUUAACAUAA